CGCGCGGCUGAGUCACCGGGCUGCCGGGUGGGGCAGCGCUCGGGCACGUGGCGGCGCUCCUCGCCCGCCGGCUCCUGAACUCUGGCACGCCGCGCCCGGAACCCCGGCUGGAGCGCUCCGGGAGGGCGCGGCCCGGGCCGGGGCCGGGGCCGUGGACAGGGCGGGGGAGGUGACGAGCCCCCAGGGGCCCGCGGGCUUGUACCCGAGUUGCGGCCCCCCAGAUUCGCGCCAGGCUCAGAGGCGCGCAGGGGCCACCCCUCCUCCCGCCAUUCAUUUUGCGCCCCGCUGAGGAACCUCUUUCACGGCUGGGCUGGGGCCGCGCUCCGAGGCGCCCGCGGUCGGCGGGGAAAGGGGCUCCUGGCUGCCGCUCCGCACCCGGGGCGACAAGUGCUGGCCCAGCGCUAUCAGUAGGGAGCCGCGCCAAGUCUGAGAGCCCGUCUAAAUUCGGCUCCCUGCCCCCUCCCCCACCCCCUAGCGGGCGCGAGCCGGGGUGGGGCCCAGAGAGGCCGCCAUGAGGACCCUGAGAGCCAUGGCCAUGCAGAAGAUCUUUGCCCGGGAAAUCCUGGACUCCAGGGGCAACCCCACAGUAGAAGUGGACCUGCACACAGCCAAGGGCCGAUUCCGAGCAGCUGUGCCCAGCGGAGCUUCCACGGGCAUCUAUGAGGCCCUGGAACUGAGAGACGGAGACAAAUCCCGCUACCUGGGGAAAGGGGUCCUGAAGGCCGUGGAACACAUCAACAAGACCCUAGGUCCCGCUCUGCUGGAAAAGAAACUAAGCGUUGUGGAUCAAGAAAAAGUUGACAAAUUUAUGAUCGAGCUGGAUGGGACGGAGAAUAAGUCCAAGUUUGGGGCCAAUGCCAUCCUGGGCGUCUCCCUGGCCGUGUGCAAGGCUGGCGCGGCGGAGAAGGGGGUCCCUCUCUACCGACACAUUGCAGACCUGGCCGGGAACCCAGACUUGGUCCUCCCGGUUCCUGCCUUCAAUGUCAUCAAUGGGGGCUCGCACGCCGGCAACAAGCUGGCCAUGCAGGAGUUCAUGAUCCUGCCCGUGGGGGCCAGCUCCUUCAAGGAAGCCAUGCGCAUUGGCGCGGAGGUGUACCACCACCUCAAGGGGGUCAUCAAGGCCAAGUACGGAAAGGAUGCCACCAACGUGGGUGAUGAGGGCGGCUUCGCACCCAACAUCCUGGAGAACAAUGAGGCCCUGGAGCUGCUGAAGACGGCCAUCCAGGCGGCUGGCUACCCAGACAAGGUGGUCAUCGGCAUGGACGUGGCAGCAUCCGAGUUCUAUCGCAACGGGAAGUACGACCUCGACUUCAAGUCCCCCGACGACCCCGCGCGGCACAUCACUGGGGAGAAGCUGGGAGAGCUGUAUAAGAACUUCAUUAAGAACUAUCCUGUGGUCUCUAUCGAGGAUCCCUUUGACCAGGAUGACUGGGCCACCUGGACCUCAUUCCUCUCGGGAGUUAACAUCCAGAUUGUGGGGGACGACCUCACAGUCACCAACCCUAAGAGGAUCGCCCAGGCCAUCGAGAAGAAGGCCUGCAACUGCUUGCUGCUGAAGGUCAACCAGAUCGGCUCUGUGACCGAGUCCAUCCAGGCCUGCAAGCUGGCUCAGUCUAAUGGCUGGGGAGUGAUGGUGAGCCACCGCUCUGGGGAGACCGAGGACACGUUCAUCGCCGACCUCGUUGUGGGGCUCUGCACGGGGCAGAUCAAGACGGGUGCCCCCUGCCGCUCAGAGCGCCUGGCCAAGUACAACCAGCUCAUGAGGAUCGAGGAGGCUCUCGGGGACAAGGCUGUCUUUGCUGGACGCAAGUUCCGCAACCCGAAGGCCAAGUGAGAAGCUGUAGGCCCCGAGCCCCCCCGGGACCCAUCCAGGCCUUCAAGCCUUUCCCCACGGAAAUAAAUGCUGGUGGCAAGCAA